AUGUCUGACAGUUGCGAGGCAUUACCACCACUGGAUGCUAAAAAUACUGAAAUCCACAAGAUCUUCAGGGAAGAGAGCUUGACAAACUCAAGCAUCCGAAGGCUUGUUCAAUGGCACAACCAAACGUAUCCUUUCUCAACAUUCAAGGCCAGCUCUGCUAGGAAAAGGGCUACUUCUUUUGCACCUUAUACAGUCGAUGUGUGCAUCAGGUAUUGCUAUGCCUUUCAACCAGAGGAUGGGGACGAAUGUCCAGUGUGCUUUGAAAAGAGAUUCGAUAUUGAUGGUAGCCCCAGAAGAACCAUCAAGAUGCUACCAAUCGGUCCACAACUUGCCACGUUGUUCGAAAAUCCAAACUUCAUCAGAGUGCUUGAUGACGAGGAUUCAUCCAUCAGAGCAAGGUUCAAGGGCGAUACAAUGCAAAAUUUAGUGAACAACAAGCAUCUAUUCGACAACAGAUACGACAUUGGUCUGUCCCUGUACGUAGAUGGAUUCCAAUCACACAAAAAAGGCGGUGCAAAGUUGAACUUGGUCAUGCUACAAAUCUUGAACCUUCCUUCUGCCUAUAGAUACAAAAUGGAGUUCCUGAUUGAUUUCGCCAUUAACCCAAACACCAAGAGAUUAGACAGUUACCUUCAAUACCUUGUCAACGAAUUGGAAAAAUUGGCUCGUGAUGGACUACAAGUGCAGAGAAACAACUCAACAAGUAUCUCGCUCAAAAUUCACCUCAUGGGAUCCUUUGGUGAUAUCCCCAGCGUCAGCGAACUCAAUUUCCUCGCAUCCCAUACGUCGCUUCAAGGCUGCCGUUUUUGUACGAUCAUUGGCAUCAGCAAAAAUGGUGUUAUUUCUUUUCAACUAGCAGCUAAUGAUGAAGAUCGACCACUACGAUUGCUAACAAUUGAAGAAUACAAAUCCAGUGCACUAGAACUUGGUAUCGAGAGGCCUUCUUUGUUUCGAAACCUGCCAUCAUUCAUUGAUCCAACGUUUGUGGGCUUGGAUGAAUUUCAUUUGUUUGGACAAAACAUGGGACCAAGAAUCAAGAAAAUGGUUACGGACAAGGAAUCGAUUCUUCGCUUGAAGCCGCGACAAAUAGAGAAGAUCAGCAUUUGCUUGAACCAACUUGCAAGCACAUCACCUUUGAUCUUCGAAGGCAAUUUCAUGGAUGUCUUCAGCAAGGGAGGGACAGCUCGAGGAGUAGAUUGGUUGGUGUUCCUGAAGUACUUUGUGCCCACAGUUCUUAUCGACCACCUUGAUUUAUGCCAUUUGGAUCCUACUGUCUCUGAAGCUGCCAAGGAAGCCCUACGUACAAUAUCUCUGAUUUGCUUAGUAUGCUUGCAGCAGGAUAUAUCUGAGAGCGAGAUACAAAAAUUGGAGGAACUAGUCACCAAGUGGCACCAAUUUCUUCGUCUUCACAUCUCAGCAAAAUUCUUUCCAAUCAGCGAACAUUAUUUGGAGCAUAUCACGAUGGUGAUUCGAAAGAUAGGCCCCAUGCCUCAGUACAGUUGCCGUGUUUUGGAGAGAAGGAUCCAAAUGAUCAAGAAGAGGAUCCAUGGCUGUAGUCAAGUCGCAAAACAAGCGGAAAAUAUCAUGCUGGAUAUUGCAUGUAACAGCUAUGAAAAAAGAAGGACAAUUGCAUUUGACAGUUCGACGGAUACUGCCAUCACCUUCUCAAAAUCAUUGAAUAUGGGCGACAUCAAGCUGUCACCGUCUAUUACUUCUAUGUUGUGCAAAUAUUACAACACUGCUCGUGUCAAACCGCAGAUCAAGUGCGCUACCUCACUACGACUUGGCAACAACAUCACGAUCGACUCUACUUUCGAUCCACCAAGUAGAAAGAAGAAGCUGUCAGACCAUGCCCUGGUCAAUGGUGCUCGCCGCAGUUGGGUACCAUUGCUGGUAAAGGUGUUGCUCAUUUUUGAGCACAACUUCUCUGGUGCAACACAUGCUCUAGCCGUUUGCCAAGUCUAUCAGAACGUAACGGUAUCAACGUCCGGCAUCCCUGAAUGUUUCCUUGACAAUGCCAACUCGGAUACUUCUAAUGGUGCAUGGGAUCUGGAUAUAAUAGCUGUCGAUGAUAUUUUGUCUUCAGUUGCAGUUCUGAAGUCUGCCAUAUCUGGGAAGCUCUUCUUUGUUUGGCCUGAUAUGAAAAGAAUUGGUUUGAAAGUAUACAAUGAUGAUUCUAUAUUUGACUUUGCAUAA